CGGGAUCUGUCAUGAAGCGCGCAGCACACAAUAAUAACAAACCACUGGGCGAAAUAAAAAGAAAACCCUAAUCCUCUUUUCUUGGCAAAUUAUCCCCAUUCUCACGAUUUUCGAUCAAUCGUAUUCGUAUCUGAGUCGAUAGAAAUUCACGUAUAUCAAUCUCAGGACGUUACAGUCUCUAAUGUUAUUCAGAUUUUGUUAGCUUUUUUGGUUGCAGAGAGACAGAUAUAUAUAUAUAUAUAUAUAGAGAGAGAGAGAGAGAUAGAGAAAAGGAACGUCUUUUGAUGGUGGCCGUAGAAACUGGGGAGAUGGUGGAGAAGGAACACACGAGGAAACGACGUCGUCUUACGUGGGACGUCGCGCCUUCUGAACAACCAGAGGUUGGUGGUCCCUCUGUUGGAAUUAGGGUUAGGCUAUGGUUUUUUCAGGCAUAACGGAGAGGACCGUUUUGGACGACAAGAAGAUAGGGUUUUUUAUGGGUCUUGUUUGAGAGGUUUUUCUAUAAUCUGACAUAGCUGGGAAUCCUUCGGUGCGUCUUUGUAGGCUGGUGUUCGACCUCUGGAGGCCGCUAAUGCAGUGUUGUGUCGGCAUGCAUCUCCGCCGAAGAGGGAGGACGAUCGAGAGGGCCAUUAUGUGUUCAAUAUCGGAGAGAAUCUCACUCCAAGAUAUAAAAUACUCGGCAAGAUGGGUGAAGGUUAGCUGUCAAGUGCCCGCUUUGUACAAAAUUUUGUAUUUUUGUGAUUCUUGUGUUGCCUCAGCAAAUUGCUAGUACUGUAGGCACAUUUGGCCGUGUCUUGGAAUGUUGGGACCGUCAAACAAGAGAAUAUGUGGCAAUCAAAGUAGUUCGAAGCAUUCGCAAAUACCGUGAUGCAGCAAUGAUUGAAGUUGAUGUACUUCAACAUCUUUCUAAGAAUGACAAAAUUGAAUCUCAUUGUGUGCAGAUUCGGAAUUGGUUUGAUUACCGCAACCAUAUAUGUAUAAUAUGCAUGAUUUACGCUUAAUCCACACUGACCUGAAGCCAGAAAAUAUACUUCUUGUGUCUUCUGAGUUUAUAAAGCUUCCUGGCUGCAAGAGGAUUUCUACAGAUGAAACGCAUUUCAGGUGCUUGCCAAAGUCAAGUGCCAUUAAGCUGAUUGAUUUUGGUAGUACUGCAUUUGAUAAUCAGAAUCAUAGCGCCAUUGUUUCCACAAGGCAUUACAGAGCACCCGAGGUUAUUCUAGGUCUAGGAUGGAGUUUUCCAUGUGAUUUAUGGAGUGUUGGUUGCAUACUUGUUGAACUUUGCUCGGGAGAUGCACUAUUUCAGACACACGAGAACUUGGAGCAUUUGGCAAUGAUGGAGAGGGUAUUAGGCCCUCUGCCAGAUCAUAUGACUUGUGGGGCUAAUCGGGGUGCUGAAAAGUAUUUCAGGCGAGGGUCACGGUUAAACUGGCCUGAGGGAGCAGUUUCCAGGGAGAGUAUCAGAGCAGUGAGGAAGCUAGACCGUCUGAAGGAUUUGGUAUUGCAACAUGUAGAUUAUUCAAGAUCUUCUCUCGUAGAUUUGUUGCAUGGUUUAUUGAAGUUUGAUCCAUCUGAACGUCUAACUGCCCGUCAAGCUCUUGAACAUCCCUUUUUUAAGAACCCAACUUGAGGAGAGGCACCAUGUAAAAUAUGUUUAUUACCGUGUUGCUGGUAAUGUCUCUAGGCUUUUUGAAUAGCUGGCUCAAACUGGGUUUGGGUCUUCCACAUGUAUCACACAACAUGAGCUUUAAUGAAAUGUCCAUACCUGUUGUCAAGUCUUGCUUUUUUGCUUCUGAAAUUCUAAAUUGACCAUUAUUCGAUGGAGCGGCUGCAUAAUGCUCUGAUAGGAUUUACAGCGCUUGGAAACAAUUAAGUUGUAUUCAUUUAAUUAAUUAGGAGAAAAAAUAUAUUUUGGACGA